UUUUUAACUGGGCAGUGUCCUGAGGCAGCCAAUAGCUGAGUCUGCCCCACACCCCACCCUCACUGACCCUCUGCAACUGUCCACUCAGUCUGCCCUGAAGCUGCCUAGUGACCAAGAACUUGGACCAGGACGCAGCUGACAUCGCUGCCCAGAUGGCCUCCAGGCUGACCCCACUGACCCUCCUGCUGCUGCUGCUGCUGGCUGGGGACAGAGCUCUCGCAGAUUCAGAGGCUGCCAGCCAUGGCACCCACGACCCACUGGUUUCUCAAGACAAAGAGAUCUUCGCUGAAGGAUAUGGCCCCUGGAGUAGCAAUGUGCAGUCUUCUAGCUGGCCAGCAAACAAUGCAUCCACCAAAAUAACAAAUGACAGCACGGAUAAGCCUGCCAACGAGUCCUCCAUCCAGCCCACUGAACUGGCUGAUCAGCUACCCAUAGAUUCUCUCAGCCAGCCCCCUGUGGAUUCUUCCAGCCAGCCCCCUGUGGAUUCUUCCAGCCAGCCCCCUGUGAAUUCUUCCAGCCAGCCCCCUGUGAAUUCUUCCAACCAGCCCCCUGUGAAUUCUUCCAGCCAGUCCCCAGUGGACCCUUCCACCCAGACUGCCACAACCACAGAGCCUCCCACCCAGGCUCCCACUGAACCCUCCUGCCCAGAGCCACUUGCGCAGUGCUCUGACUCAGACAGAGACUCCUCAGAGGCCACGCUGGCAGAGGCUUUGACAGAUUUCUCUGUGAAGCUCUACCAUGCCUUCUCAGCUACCAAGAAGGCUGAGACCAACAUGGCGUUCUCCCCAUUCAGCAUCGCCAGCCUACUCACGCAGCUCCUUCUUGGAGCUGGAGAGACCACCAAGAGCAGCUUGGAGAGCAUCCUGUCAUACCCCAAGGGUUUUGCUUGUGUCCACCAGGCUCUGAAGGACUUUUCAUCCAAAGGUGUCACCUCUGUGUCUCAGAUCUUCCACAGCCCAGACUUGGCCAUAAGAGACGCCUUUGUGAAUGCCUCUCAGAGCCUGUAUGGCAGCAGCCCCAGAGCCCUGGGUCUGGAUAGAGAUGCUAACUUAGAGCUCAUCAACACCUGGGUGGCUGAGAACACCCACCACAAGAUCAGCAAGCUGCUGGACACCCUGCCCUCCGACACCCGCCUCAUCCUGCUCAACGCCGUCUACUUGAGUGCCAAGUGGAAGAAAACAUUUGAUCAAAAAAAAACGAUGGAAUCUUUUCUCUACAAGAACUCUGUGAUUAAGGUGCCCAUGCUGAGCAGCAAAAAGUAUCCCAUGGCCCAUUUCAACGACCGGACCCUGAAGGCCAAGGUGGGACUGCUGCAGCUCUCUCACAACCUGAGCUUUGUGCUCAUGGUGCCCCAGAGCCCGAAGUACCAGCUUGACAGCAUGGAGGAGGCACUCAGCCCCACUGUCUUCAAGGCCAUCAUGAAGAAGCUGGAGCUGUCCAAGUUCCAGUCCACUUACCUGAUGAUGCCUCGUGUCAAAGUGAAGAGCAGCCAAGACAUGCUGUCAGUCAUGGAGAAGCUAGAUUUCUUUGACUUCACUUACGAUCUCAACCUGUGUGGGCUGACCGAGGACCCAGAUCUUCAGGUGUCUACCAUGAAGCACCAGACGCUGCUGGAGCUGACGGAGACAGGCGUGGAGGCAGCUGGAGUCUCCUCCAUCUCCGUGGCCCGAAACUUAGUCAUCUUUGAGGUGCAGCAACCUUUCCUCUUCGUGCUCUGGGACCAGCAACACAAGUUCCCAGUCUUCAUGGGCCGCAUAUAUGACCCCAGGGCCUGAGACAGGCAGGAGACCUGUAAGGCCGGCAAGCCAAGCUUCAGCUCACCAUGUUACCGCCUGCCCUAGCCACUUCCAGCCUUGGGGCCCGGCAGAGGGACUGUUUCCAUCCUCCAACCCCAAUGGCAACUCUCUAAACAUUUUUCAGCUUUUAUGGUUCAGGCUUGCCAGACUCUACAAAUAAAACUUGCAGACAUUUUCUUCUCUCA